AUCCAACCGCGAUGCACCAUGGGAAAUCCUUUCUCUCCGAGGCCAUAUUGGAGGUGUCUUGCUGUUUGCCUGAGUGGACUAAACAGCAGCGAUGGUGGCCGCAAAGAAAACGAAAAAGUCCUUGGAGUCCAUCAACUCCCGGCUCCAAUUGGUGAUGAAGAGCGGUAAAUAUGUGCUGGGAUACAGACAAUCCCAGAAAAUGAUCCGCCAAGGCAAAGCCAAGCUUGUCAUCCUGGCCAACAACACCCCGGCUCUGAGGAAAUCAGAGAUUGAGUAUUAUGCCAUGUUGGCCAAGACUGGUGUCCACCACUACAGUGGCAACAACAUUGAGCUGGGGACAGCCUGUGGUAGAUACUACCGAGUGUGCACACUGGCCAUCAUCGAUCCCGGUGACUCUGACAUCAUCAGGAGCAUGCCAGAGCAGUCUCAGCCCGGGGAGAAGUAGAUGCUUUGCCCAGUUCUAAAUAAAAUUGGUUAAAUGGUCCAGGUCA